AUGAAUUUGGCUCGUGGACCAAGGAAACAUUUAAAACGACUCAAUGCUCCAAGACAUUGGAUGUUGGAUAAACUCACGGGGACUUAUGUAUGUAUCAUUAUCUUUUGUAUCAUUCUUCCAAUUCUUUCUUAUGUAGAAAGUGAUCUUUAUAAAGUUUUUAUUGAAAGCAUGGCGCCAAGGCCAUCUCCUGGUCCUCAUAAGCUCCGUGAGUGUCUACCUCUUGUUGUAUUUUUGAGAAAUCGCCUUAAAUAUGCCCUUACCAAAAAAGAAGUCCAAAGUAUUCUGAUGCAACGUUUUGUGAAGGUUGAUGGAAAAGUUCGAACUGAUACAACGUACCCUGCCGGUUUUAUGGAUGUUAUCUCCAUCGAAAAAAAUGGUGAAAAUUUUAGAUUAAUUUAUGACACAAAGGGUCGAUUCACUAUUCAUAGAAUUACUGCGGAUGAAGCUAGAUAUAAAUUAGCUAAAGUUAAAAAGGUUCAAGUGGGUGCAAAGGGAAUACCAUUCAUUGUGACUCAUGAUGGACGCACCAUUCGUUAUCCCGAUCCUUUAAUCAAAGUUAACGAUACAGUUAAAUUAGAUUUGGAGAGUAAUAAAAUCACCGAAUUUAUUAAAUUUGAAGUCGGACAUGUGGCCAUGAUAACAGGUGGUAGAAACAUGGGAAGAGUUGGAGUCAUUAAGCAUAGGGAACGGCACGUAGGUGGUUUUGAUAUUGUACACGUUAAAGACGUUCUUGAGAGACAAUUCGCUACUCGUCUUACAAACGUUUUUGUUAUUGGCGAGGGUAAUAAACCUUGGAUUUCAUUACCAAAAGGCAAGGGUGUUAAAAACGUGAUAGGCGUCGUGCUCAAGCAUCGCAAUAAUAAAGAAUUGAAAAAUGGGCAUAAUGAUGUAUUUCUUUAA